GUGUCCCCUGGCCGCAUGCCCCGUCCCCUCCGCACCCACCGAGCUUGGCACAGCCCUAGUCCCCGGUAAAUGGGCACAAACCCCACCGUGGCACCGGCAGUGGGUCGGUGCCACCCAAGUGGGUGCCAAGGCUGGACCCCCCGCUGGAUAAUGUUAACCCCAGCUCCUGGGUGGGUAUCGGUUUUCUGGGUGCCGGGAGGAAACCGGGGGAGCGGCGGGGGAGCCGGUGGCGGUGCCGUGCUGGGGCUGCAGCGGCCGGGGGCCAGGCACGCCAUGACCUUUAAAGGUCUGCGAGAUGAAUUACAUUAUCGUCUUGCCAUCGAGAACGCUCCUGGCUUGGCUUUCAGCUGGACCUGGGACUCCUGUUACGUCUUAUGCAGAGCUGGAUCCGGGGGGGGGGGGCUGCCAGGACAGGGAGGGGGCUCCUCUCCCCCGGCAGCCGGUGGAGCUGGCUGAGGUUGCUUUGCCAAAAGGCUCCGAAAUGGGGUACUGGGGGGGGAGCGGGUUCCUCAAGCGCUGGGUCAGCCCCGGCUUUGGCUUCCCCCGGUCAGCCCCGGGACUUGGGAAGCCGCCGGCCGCAUUCCUCCCUCCUUCCCUUUCGGUGCCUUUGCUAAGCCAGCGUUUUGGGGAAUGUCCUUUGCGCCCAUUGGGUACGGCGUGACCUUUCCCGGGGAUGCCGGUGGCCACCACCGGGCAGCCAGCAGCCCCAGAGGUCCGGCUCCCGGGGAAGCCCCCCCCGUGGUUCUUCUCACCUUGCCCUCCAUCCUCCACCUGGAUGGAUGGAUGGAUGGUGGUGGUUGGGGGAGGGGGUCUCCGCCGACACCCUGUUCUCUCCACAGAGAUGCCCUGCAUCCAGGCGCAGUACGGCACGGCGGGCACCGGCCCCUGCGAUCGCUGCCCACCCGAGCUGCUCAGCCCCGAGGGUGGCCGCUUCCCCAUGGAGGUGGCCGGAGCGGACCUGGCGGCCGCCCCUGCCUUGCCCAGCUUCAGCACCUUCAUGGAGGGCUACGCCGGCGAGUUCGACGCCUUCCUCUACCAGCUGCCGGCCAGCAGCCAGCCCGCCGCCGCCGCCGCCUUCAAACUGGAGGAUUUCCAGGUCUACGGCUGCUACUCCGGUGCUUUCGGUGGGCAGCCGGACGAGACCCUCUCCUCCAGCGGUUCGGACUGUUACGGCAGCCCCUGCUCCGUCCCCUCGCCCGCCACCCCGGGCUUCCAGCCGCCCCAAGCUCCGAGCUGGGAGGGCUCCUUUGGGGGGUACUCGCCCCUGCCGAACUUCGAGGGUGGGCAGCCCUGGGCUGAGCCGGCCAAGGGCAGUGGGUCACAGCCCCCUUUCUUCGCCUUCGGCCCCCCAGCCCCCAGCCCUGGUGGGUCCCCUGGGACCCUAAAGGGGCAGCCAGGCCCCUCGCCCCGCCUGGACCCGCAGCUGCUGGACACGGACACCUUCGCCCCCGCGCAGGGCUCCCCGGGGGGCUUCGCCGGGCUGCCCCUGGCUCCCGUCUCGCCGCUGCUGGAGGGGCCGGCGCUGACCCCCACCAAGGUGCGCAGCCCCGGGGCGGGCGAGGGCCGCUGCGCCGUCUGCGGGGACAACGCCUCCUGCCAGCACUACGGCGUGCGCACCUGUGAGGGCUGCAAGGGCUUCUUCAAGCGCACGGUGCAGAAGAACGCCAAGUACAUCUGCCUGGCCAACAAGGACUGCCCCGUGGACAAGCGGCGGAGGAACCGCUGCCAGUUCUGCCGCUUCCAGAAGUGCCUGGCCGUCGGCAUGGUCAAAGAAGUGGUGCGGACCGACAGCCUGAAGGGGCGGCGGGGCCGGUUGCCCUCCAAACCUAAGCAGCCGCCGGACGCGUCCCCCGUCAGCCUCAUCACCUCCCUGGUGCGGGCGCACAUCGACUCCAUCCCCAGCGCCACCAAGCUCGACUACUCCAAGUUCCAGGAGUCGGCACCGUGCCAGUUGGAGAAGGAGGACUCGGUGGACGUGCAGCAAUUUUACGAUCUGCUCACCGGCUCCAUGGACGUCAUCCGCAAGUGGGCUGAGAAAAUCCAAGGUUUCACCGAGCUGCCCAAGGAAGACCAGGAUCUGCUGCUGGAAUCGGCCUUCCUCGAGCUCUUCAUCCUCCGUCUGGCGUACCGCUCCAAGCCGGAGGAAGGGAAACUCAUCUUUUGCAACGGGGUGGUGCUGCACCGCCUGCAGUGCGUGCGGGGCUUCGGCGAGUGGAUCGACGCCAUCCUCGAGUUCUCCCAGAGCCUGCACCGCAUGAGCGUCGACGUCCCCUCCUUCUCCUGCCUCGCCGCCCUCGUCAUCAUCACAGACCGCCAUGGGUUGAAGGAACCGAAGCGGGUGGAGGAGCUGCAGAACCGCAUUGUGGGGUGCCUGAAGGACCACGUGGCAGCGGGGGGGGCCGAGCCCGGUCGCCCCGGCUGCCUCUCCAAGCUGCUGGGCAAACUGCCCGAGCUGCGCAGCCUUUGCACCCAGGGCCUCCAGCGCAUCUUCUACCUGAAGCUGGAGGACCUGGUGCCACCACCGCCCAUCGUCGACAAGAUCUUCAUGGACACGCUGCCCUUCUGAGCCCCCACCUGGGGGGACUGCCACCAGCCCCUGGGUCCUCCCCAGGGACGCCCAGGUGUCCCCCCCUCAGAUGCCUGGGUCCCCCUUGGGGUUACUCAAGUCCCUGCCCCCCAGAUGCCUGGGUCCCCUUGGGAUACCCAGGUGUGUCCCCCCAAGAUGCCUGCAUCCCCCUUGGGGACACCUGGGUGGCCCCUCAGAUGCCUGCAUCCCCCUUGGGGACACCUGGGUGCCCUCUCAGAUGCCUGGAUCCCCCUUGGGGACACCCGGGUGCCCCCCCCCAGAUGCCUGGAUCCCCUUUGGGGACACCUGGGUGCCCCCCCAGAUGCCUGGAUCCCCCCUUGGGGACACCCAAGUGCCCCCCCACAUGCCUGGGUCCCCCUUAGGGGACACCCAGGUCCCCCAUGUGCCUUCACGGUGCCGGGCAUGACGCACAGCAGCCCUGGUGCCUUCCCCCCCCCGAGGGGGGGCAUCGCCGGCGUGAUGCUCCCCUUCCCCCCCAUGUAAAAAUGCCCCCGUUGUAAAUAGCGAGCGACUGGAUCCUGUACAGAGUGGGGAGCGCGGGGAUGGGGAGGGGGCUCCGCCCCCCCCCCCAGCCUCACCCCCCUCCCCUUUAUAUUAUUUUUUUUUUCUUUUUUUUUUUUUUCCUCCCCUCUUUUGGCCAUUUUCUGUAUAUAAACCGAGA